AUUACCUUCUGUAGGCCAUCCUGGAGAAAUUUUCAGCGGGACACUGCCUAGGAAGGGAACCUUAGGAAAAGUGUCUAUUGUUACGUAUCGUUCCUUUGGUGACGACGGGCCACAAGCAUGCUGGGAAUUGUAUUUCUCGCUUGUCCGUGUCUUUAGACGUCGCAGGUGGCCAAUCAGAAGGAUAAGGAAAAGGCCAUGGGAUUGGCUCCACGACGUGCGUCAUAUUGCUGCUGUGCGGCGGAGGAACGCUUACGGGGCCUGGUGAGGAGUCGCUCGGGCGAGAAACAAGCUACAGCAAGGAAUGCAAAAAAUGGAUAAUCCUGCUAUAAAAAGAGUUUUAAAUGAUAUUAUCAAAUCACCUGAAGAUAAACGAGAAUAUCGUGGGCUAGAACUGGCAAAUGGCAUCAAGGCAAUGCUUAUCAGUGACCCCACUACAGACAAGUCUUCAGCAGCACUUGACGUACAUAUAGGGUCUUUAUCUGAUCCUCCAAAUAUUGCUGGGUUAAGUCAUUUUUGUGAACAUAUGCUGUUUUUGGGAACUGAGAAGUAUCCAAAAGAAAAUGAAUAUAGCCAGUUUCUCAGUGAACAUGCAGGCAGUUCAAAUGCUUUUACCAGUGGAGAGAACACCAACUAUUACUUUGAUGUGUCACAUGAACAUUUGGAAGGUGCCCUGGACAGGUUUGCCCAGUUUUUCUUGUGUCCUCUGUUUGAUGAAAGCUGCAAAGAUAGAGAAGUGAAUGCUGUUGAUUCUGAGCAUGAAAAGAAUUUAAUGAAUGAUGCUUGGAGACUAUUUCAGCUUGAGAAGGCUACUGGAAAUCCUAAUCAUCCUUUCAGCAAGUUUGGAACAGGAAACAAAUUCACUUUGGAAACUAGACCAAACCAAGAAGGAAUAGAUGUAAGACAAGAACUAUUGAAGUUUCACUCUACUUUUUAUUCAUCAAAUUUAAUGGCUGUCUGUGUCCUUGGACGAGAAUCUCUGGAUGAGCUGACCAAUUUAAUAGUGAAGCUUUUCUCUGAAGUAGAGAACAAAAAUGUUCCAUUACCAAUAUUCCCUGAACAUCCUUUCCAGGAAGAACAUCUCCAGCAACUUUACCAAGUGGUACCUAUUAAGGACAUUAGAAAUCUUUAUGUCACAUUUCCAAUACCAGAUCUUCAGAAGUACUAUAAAUCAAACCCUGGCCAUUAUCUUGGUCAUCUUAUUGGACAUGAAGGUCCAGGAAGUCUUUUAUCAGAACUGAAAGCUAAAGGCUGGGUGAAUGCACUGGUUGGAGGACAAAAAGAAGGUGCUCGAGGCUUCAUGUUUUUUAUCAUUAAUGUUGAGCUUACUGAAGAAGGCCUUUUACAUGUGGAAGAUAUUAUUUUACACAUGUUUCAGUAUAUACAAAAACUGCGUACAGAAGGACCUCAAGAAUGGGUUUUUCAAGAAUGCAAGGAUCUAAAUGCCGUAGCCUUCCGAUUUAAGGAUAAAGAAAGACCCCGAAGUUAUACAUCAAAACUUGCAGGAAUGCUGCAUCACUAUCCCAUAGAAGAAGUUCUUGCUGCUGAAUAUUUACUUGAAGAAUUUAGGCCUGAUUUAAUAGAAAUGGUUUUGGAUAAACUGAGACCUGAAAAUGUCCGGGUUGCAGUAGUAUCUAAGUCUUUUCAAGGAAAAACUGAUAGAACAGAACAAUGGUAUGGAACCCAAUACAAGCAAGAAGCAAUUUCUAGUGAAGUCAUCAAGAGAUGGCAAAAUGCUGAUCUGAAUGGGAAAUUCAAGCUCCCAGUAAAGAAUGAAUUUAUUCCUUGUAAUUUUGAAAUUGUACCUUUAGAGAAGGAUGCAACACAGUACCCUACUCUCAUAAAGGAUACUGCCAUGAGCAAGCUAUGGUUCAAGCAAGAUGAUAAAUUUUUCCUGCCCAAAGCCUGUCUCAACUUUGAAUUUUUCAGCCCAUUUGCUUACGUGGAUCCCUUACAUUGUAACAUGGCCUAUUUGUAUCUUGAGCUACUCAAAGACUCCCUCAACGAGUAUGCAUAUGCAGCAGAACUAGCUGGCUUGAACUAUGAUCUCCAAGAUACCAUCUAUGGGAUGUAUCUUUCUGUAAAAGGUUAUAAUGACAAGCAGCAUAUCCUACUGAAGAAGAUUAUUGAGAAAAUGGCCACAUUUGAGAUUGAUGAAAAACGAUUUGAAAUUAUCAAAGAGGCGUACAUGAGAUCACUUAACAACUUCCGAGCUGAGCAGCCACACCAGCAUGCUAUGUAUUAUCUUCGGCUAUUAAUGACAGAAGUUGCUUGGACCAAAGAUGAAUUAAAAGAAGCUUUAGAUGAUGUCACUCUUCCCCGCCUCAAGGCCUUUAUUUCUCAGCUGUUGUCAAGGUUACACAUUGAAGCACUUCUCCAUGGCAAUAUAACAAAACAGGCUGCAUUAGGAGUUAUGCAGAUGGUUGAAGACACUCUGAUUGAGCAUGCUCAUACAAAGCCCCUGCUUCCUAGCCAGCUAGUAAGAUACAGAGAAGUACAGUUGCCUGAUAGAGGUUGGUUUGUCUAUCAACAGAAGAAUGAAGUUCAUAAUAAUUGUGGCAUUGAAAUCUAUUAUCAAACAGAUAUGCAAAGUACUUCAGAGAAUAUGUUUUUGGAGCUCUUUUGUCAAAUAAUCUCAGAGCCUUGCUUCAAUACUUUACGUACUAAAGAACAGUUAGGUUAUAUUGUGUUCAGUGGUCCGCGACGGGCUAAUGGUAUCCAAGGUCUGAGAUUUAUCAUCCAGUCAGAAAAACCACCACACUACUUGGAGAGCAGGGUUGAAGCUUUUUUAAAAACCAUGGAGAAGUGUAUAGAAGACAUGUCAGAAGAAGCCUUUCAGAAGCAUAUCCAGGCUUUAGCAAUUCGUCGCCUUGAGAAACCAAAGAAGCUGUCUGCUGAGUCUGCAAAAUACUGGGGAGAAAUAAUUUCCCAGCAAUAUAACUUUGACAGAGAUAACAUAGAAGUGGCAUUUCUCAAAACUCUCACUAAGGAUGAUAUAAUGCACUUUUAUAAGGAGCUCUUGGCAGUAGAUGCCCAACGAAGGCACAAAAUAUCAGUCCAUGUACUAGCAAGGGAAAUGGAUUCCUGCCCUGUUGUGGGAGAAUUUCCAUGCCAAAACGAUGUAAAUCUGGCACCGGCACCAGUGCUGCCACAGCCAGCCGUGAUUCAAAAUAUGACGGAGUUCAAGCGCAGUCUACCACUCUUUCCUCUGGUGAAACCUCAUAUCAAUUUUAUGGCUGCAAAACUGUGAAGAGAAUUGCUGGGUGAAGAACUGGAAGUGAUCGGUCUUGUUGACUUCAGUUGGUUUUCACAAUGGAAGAAUAUAUUAAACAUUGUUAGGACAAGCAAUCCUGCCCAUCCUGAGGUUUCCUGAUUCCUUCUAGGUUCAUUCAGCAUCAAUGGUGUGAUAGGGAUACAGAAAAUUAGGAAAAUAGGCUGUAGUCAUGUGUCAUGUUUAUUGUAGAGUCACUCUUCAAAACCACAAUCAAGUGGUAUAUUCAAAGGUCUGUGUCUGUAUGGUAUAUUUUACAAUAGUGUGGCCUUUUAAAGGCUUUGUUUGCAUAAUAGAAUACAAAGGUUUCAAACUUUAAACUUGUUAAAGGUGUUUUUUUUUCUUAUGAAAGGUCCUUAAGAUUAAAUAUUGUGGGUUCUUCAUCGUGGUCUCCGUGCAUCACACAUACAAGGGUGUUGCGCCUGUGCAGUGCCUGUCAUCGGGAAGAUUUAAGAACUUUAAUGGUUUUUGGACCUCCGGGGAUGACUGCCCAGCAGGGUGGAGGAGUUGGCGAUCUCUCAGGAAGACGAUCUGGUCCCAACCGGGGACGAGAUUCACGGAUCUCAAAGCUCAAGCCAAGGGGUCGGAGUGCUCGGGACUGGAAUGUCCCGAGAUGGUAAUCCACGGAGGUGAUGCUGGAGGUGUCACCUGCAUAACCGACUGGCGGCUCAGAGGUUCAGUCAGUACUGAGAUAGGCACAACACUCCAUUCAGAGCGAGGCGCUUUGUCGUGCUUCUUGUGCUGACGCUUGGAUUUUUCAGGUUUGUCCUUCUUAGGAUGUGUUGGUUUCCAGGGGUCCUUGGACCCGACAUGCUUCCUCUUCUCCUUAUGUUUACAUGGAGGAGAAUGGUAGGAAUGCUUUCCAUCUGUGCCUGUGGAAUCUCCUUCGGAUGGAUGAGAGGGGAUAGUUUUCGAAGGUCCUGAAGCUGCAGAAGAGCCGGUCUCAGCCAAGACCUGCUUCAUGGCAACCAGAGCCUGGUCCCAUAGCAUUUUGCGCAGCCGGUUCUCGUGGUUUUUGCACGCCUGCCUCAUGUACGAUUGGCAUUGGCUGCACUUACCAGUCCUGUAUCCUUCUCCAAGGCAGAGAAGACACGGAGUAUGAGGGUCAGUGGGAGACAUUUUGGCUCCGCACUGCACACAUUUACAGAAAGUCGCCUGCUGUGCCAUCGAGAAGAAAAAGAGGAGAUGCAGCGAAUGGAGAUAGAUUAUAAGAGGUAAAGAUGAUAGAAAGACUUUUUUAAAUUAUUUUUUUAUUUGGAAGGGGGAGGAGGAGGGGGGAAAAGCAGAGGAUAAAGGAGGGGUUCGGAAAGGCGAAACAGCGGGUUUUAGGGUUUAGAUAGAGGUUAAAGAGAAGUGAAGGAAAAAAGGGUUUAAGAUUUAUAGAAGUAACAAUUGUAAAAGAGAGGAGACAAGCGAAAAAAGGCCAGAGGCACGGCAAACUGCGCUCACAAGCAGACUGGGGAGAGGGCGGGCACUCUGACCAUUUAUACUACGGGGUGGGGGGAAGUGGAGUUCCCACCAAAAACCAUUAAAACUCUUAAAUCUUCCCGGCAACAGGCACUGCACAUGCACAGCACCCAUAUAUGUGUGAAUGCACGGAUGACCUCUCAAAGAACGACAGUUACAGGUAAGCAACCUGCCUAACUAGUUUUAUUGGAGAUGGAGGAAAUAUGAUGAAAUGGCUCAUAUUGAUUCUUCUAAAGAAAGGAUGGAAUGAUACUAUUAAAAACAAUACAGUUGUCAAAUUCAACCAGCUGUUUAGGUUCUGUACAAAAUCAGUGGAGAUUGGGGGGGAAUUAACAAAUGUUUUUGACAGAAGAAGAGUUGCUAGGUAUCUUAACAUAGUUUUAAUCUUUAUACAUGUUUGAGAACAUUUUAUAUUCAGACUAGUAAAAUGCUGGAAACACUUGGGUAGCUAUCUUUUUAUUGCCAAGUGUGCUACCUUUUGUUUAUAACCUUUGCAUUUUCUCAGGAUCACUCUGACAAUGUUUCCUUUCAUUUACAUAAAUAAAACUAUUUUGCCUUUUUUUUCCUUCCAGUUGUUCAUGUACUGUUUUAGAUAUCCCAUCAGGCUUGCCUUGUUUCUUUAGUGUAUGUCUUGUCAAAUGGAUUUCAAUUUAAACCGUGAGUAUGGGACAAACUCCUGUGUAAAUACAUAUGGCUGAUGUCUUAAUUUGACACAUGCAUGGAAUUCAACAAAUGCACUGUUUGAACAUCUGGGGCUGGGUGGUACAGCUGAUGAGAACUUUUGCAUGACCCAGCUGCUGCACUGGUCUCACAAAAUGUGACACGGCAGUACCUUAAUCUGCACCUGCUUUAAAAUGCUUGAUAAAAGCUUUCAGAGUACACAGCAGUCUCUCUCAGGCUUAGAUGUUCAAAGCAGGAAAACAAUGUGCUGUUAAAACAUUAGCCUAAUAUUUAUUUAAUCCAUGUCCAGCACCUAAACAUUAGCCUAAUAACGCAGCAUCAAAUUAAACCUGACCCAAAUCCCAUGUGCUCAAAACAGCCUUUCACGACAUGUGUCCUCCAGAUGUUCUGGACAACCUCAGUCAUGCCUCACCACCAUUGGCUAUGCUCUCUGAGUCUGAUGGGAGUUGAAAUCCAAAACAUCUGGAGAGUACCAGAUUGGUGAAGGCUGUCUUAAAAGUGUGCAAUGAAUACUUUAAUUAUAGUCUAAAUAUGGAUCAUGAAUCACUUUUAUUUGGCAUAUGCGCAGCACCCAUAUGUGUGAAUGCACAGAUGGCCACUCGAAGAACAACAGUUACAGGUGAGCAACCUGCCUUUUUUUUCAGUCUCUGAAAAUUACACAACUUUUUGAUAUUUUUUUUAAUUUUCAGUUGUGCACAUGCUUCCUCUUACAGCUAUUUGAAUGGGUAGUCCUGUCUGGUCAAUUUGCUUCUCUCUUUCAGCUCUCAUAGUGGAAAAGUAAAGUAGGGAACAGAUUGGCAAGGCAUAUAGGCUAAUAUAAAUUUCUACUUGUUCUAAAGAAUGUAGAAAUAAUUGAUAGGGAGUAUGUGGAGAGGGAAUUUGCUCAGCUUCAGUAAUGGAGCAGUUAAUGCAGGUGCACAAAUUUACCCUUCAUUUAGUUCUCAGCCAUUAUAUUUGUGUACAUCUCUUAAGGCUUUCUUUAAAAAAAAAACCUUUCAGGUAACUGAAGUAUUAACUGCUCCAAAGAUGAGUUGCAGGAAGUGGGACUGGGUUUUCCUGUUCUGGAGUAGCUAGAGAGUCAGGGAAGUGUUGAAAAGGUGGGAGAUACCAAGGAGCGUCAGUUCAACCUGUAAAACUCAGAGAGUUGCAUCACCAAUGAGGAGAUACCUCCUGUCCCCCAUUUUUGGUGCUUCUGACUUGUGCUGCUGGGUUCCUCCUAACUUUUUAUUUCUCCCUGGUUCUUUGCAAUUGUACACAAGUUAGUUAGCAACCUUAUUUUGUCAAUAUUCAUAUCAGAUAGCUAUAAGUGCACAUAAUGCAAAAAGAAAAAAGCAGUUGAAUACAAUUCCAGUUGUGCAUUUUUAAAGCACCAGGAAAAUCUGGGGAACAACUGAUGGUUCUACUAAAGUUCUCCUUAGGCAUUGGUGGAAGGGCAGUCACUGGCAUGAUUAUAGAAAAUGAGCGGUACUGGCUUUUUGACAACCCAAAAUAAAAAUAGUCUCCUGGGUUCAGAUGACAUAAUAAUCCAUUGUGGACAAGAACAACAUUACAACAAGCUGUCUUACCAGUAUGCAAAUAGAAUUUCAGCAUUGUUUAUAAGAUGCAAGUUAUAAUGCACGUCUGCUGAGUUUAAUCAAGCAACUGUUAUUCAUGAGUGGAAUCAGAGGUCUGGUGUUGAAGAUUUAAUAUUUUGGAAGGAUUCUCUCACUCAAUCCAAGGAAAGUUGCACAGAAGCAAUGAUUAACAGAUUAAACCCAAUAAAUAAAUUAUAUGAUUAAAAAACUCUAACCAUAGAAUAUCUCUUUCUGUAGGACAGUGCAGGGCAAUUUGUCAUCCUCUUGAUAUUUUGGACUAAGUUCCCAUAGCUUUAACCAGCAUAGCUAAUGGUGAAGGAUGAGAGGAGUUGAAGGUCAAAAUUUCUGGAGAACUGCAAAUUUCCCAGACCUGCUUUAGAGAGAAACAAUGGUACAGAUAUGCACAGGAUUCCUGGGGCAGAGGUUUGUGCCGUUCACACAUUAAGGUAGCCUUGGCCAACUUGGCACCUUCCAGGUUUGUGCAUGCUGGCUGAAGUAUGUGAAGAGUUGUAGGGCAACACAUCUGGCAAGGCAAGGCUGCUUUCAAUGUUAGUGUAUGUCUAGUUAUUCCCAUGCAUGGCAACUCUCAGCUGCUGAUACUUUUUCUGGGAGAUAUGUGGAAUUCCUAUGCUUGAUUUCCUGUGAUAGAAUUCUGGACACGAGUAGCUGGAGAUGUGUCCCAAGGAUGACUACAGAAUCAAACAGUGGUCUUAGUCACCCUUCUCUUGCUUUUUUCCUAGGAGUAGAAAAACACUUUGCCUGAAAUGUGAAUGGAACAGAGUAAGCCUGUUGAAAAUGGUUCUAUUUUACAGUAUGUUACCAGCUACCGGAACUGGUAACAGCAUUUACCCCAGCAUUUCUUAAUGCAUCCCUUAUCUUCUAAUGGUUCUUUUCACUACACGUGUACAAAUGUAUUAAGAGUUUUUAGAUUUUUUUUCUUAACCCAAUACUCCAUUUUUGUUCUAUGUUUUGCAUCCACACUUACUCAAGUUAAAAUUAUUUGUGUAACUAUUUUAAAAAAAGAGAAUUAAAAUGCACAUUACAAAAUUAUAUAUUUUGAAACUUGGUAUUUUAAAAUACAUAGUAGUCUGCGAUUGUUGAUGGCUCUUGGUAUAAAAAUCAAUUUAUAAAAUAGAGGAUAAUUGCUAAUAUUUCUAAAUAUUUUAAAAAUUUAUAUUAAAACUUACAGAAAUAUACAAAUUCCUCCCUUCACAGCACAGCAUGUAUUUAUAUUGUGGUUAUGAAACCUCUUAGCAGAUAAACCCAAAUAGACUUGGUUUAAAGCAUGUACAAAACAUCCUUUUUGACGUGACCCUGGCUGUUCAGAGAACAAGCAGCUUUCAAACAAAUUCAAUAAAUAAAUAAUAGCACACACCAACUCUUCAGAUUUGGUCAGUUUCUAAACUUGUGAACCUGGAAUGCUUGACUGAACUCCAGAGAGGCCCACAGGUUCAUGCAAAGCACUUAGGAGUACAGUUUGGAUGGUCUAUUUAUUCCCCUUCCAGUAACAGCCCUUUCAGCCUAAUGAAAUGCUACACUCAAGGGGCACCCCCAGUCUUGGGGGAAGGAGCUGGGGACCUGCCCCCCUGCAUUAGGGAUGAUGAAAAGCCCCUUUGUGCAUGCAGUGCAUGUGACAAUUUGAUUCUUUUCUAUGUUUAUUCGUUGGCUUUAUAUUCUAAUCUUAAUGGAAUAAUCAAGGCAGUUAGCAAAAUAGAUCCUAAAACAUCAAUAGUGCAAUAAGUUUUACUCAAAAAUACCAUAGAACCAGCACAAUGAGAACAUGUGUCUAUUUAGGUGGCAAUCCUAUGCCUUCUUACCUGGGAGUAAAUUCCACUGAACACAGUAAGACUUACUUCUGAGCAGACAUACAUAGUAUUGCAAGUUUUUAAGAGUGUUCUCCAGCAUUUUAUAGUUUGAGUUUGCUAGAACAAUGCAGUUUGAUAUCUCAGGCAUAUCAGUGAAUCCUCCCUAGUACAUCCAAAGCUACAGUGUCAGCAAUAACAGACUACCUAGACCACACUGUAAUUCAGUUUUAGCAUUUGUUAACAUAAAUUUAUGUAACAAACCAUAAAUUAUGACUAGAUUACUGUAAUUUUUACAAGUGCUAUUUUGAGCAGUUGAUGUGAAAUGGGGUGCAUGUUGCCACAGUAUGGCAGAGUGCUUGUCAUACUCACAACAAUAAAUGAUCUGAAUAUUA